CGCUUCCCUCGCGGGCAUCACCGGGGAGGGGGCUGCACCCCAAUUAGCCCGAGGGACCGGGACAACGUGCCACCGCGGCGGGAUGGAGGGGUUCAUUUCAGCAGAUCAAUCAAUGUUGAUGAAGUGAAAGCCCUGGCUGCAUUAACAACACAAAAAUGCACCGUAGUGGAUGUUCCUUUUGGUGUUGCCAUGGCAGGUGUGAGGAUCAAUCCAAGGAAAUACUAAGUGAGUUCACUUCUCUCGUUUCCCUGCCGACAGCCCAUAAUUCACGCUCCAUUUGCACAGCCCUCCCUCUCUCUGCAUAUCACAGCGAUGCCUCUGAUGAGUGGGGGGAGACGUUUGUAGUGAGUAACACUUGCCCAGAGACUGUGAAAAGCAGCUCGGGGCGGGGAGAGGGGGGUGAACUCUGGUUUAUGGGUCGGUGCAUCUGGCCAGAGACAAGCUGAAGGAGGCUGGUGUAGGGAUGCUCCCGCCACUGCCUGCUGUGCUGGGGGAAGGGGCAAAUCAUCAAGAGCUUGGAAGGGCAGGGAGCAAAGGGAGCAGGAGUUCACAUAUCUCUUUUUUUCGAUCCAGGGACCCCAGCUGCUGUGAAUAAACUCCCUGGAGUCAUCAGGCAGGGCAGGGCAGCUGCUGGAUGCUGUACUGUGGCUCUGUGAUUUUUCCUGGGGCCUCAGUAACAACUGUGUUUUGUUGCUCUUGUGCAGGAACAUGAGCUGGAGAAAAUAAUGAGGCGUUUUACUGUAGAAAAGGCCAAGAAGGAGUUUGUAGGUGAGAGUUUUGCCCCAGCUCUGUAAACAGUGUUUGCUGGCAGUCAGGGGAGCAGGCAGCAGAUACCUGGCCAGGCAAGCAGAGAGGUUGCCGUUCCACCACUGCCUGUCACUGCCCCAGUGCUCUGCUGUCCCUUCACCACUUUGCCUGCACACUGUGAAUUUGGAGUAGAGAGAGCCUCAGGCUGGUCCUACUGCUGGGCAGGGGUCUCAGUGGGCUUUUUCCUCCAUUCCUGCUGGCCUGCUCAGACUCAGGGAGGAAGUGAAAGUCUCUUCUGCCUAAGCAUAUGAUAGAGAGCUCAGUGGGUGCUGAUCACAAGGCAAAGACGUCUACAUUCCCUCUUGAAAGGGACAAGGCAGCAAAGACCUCGUGAAAGCCAAAGCCAUUCAUACCUUAGGGAAGCUGAGGAGGCCCUGGGGUAUGGGCAGCACCACACAUUGGUCAGGGGACUCCUCGGUGUGCCCAGGGCCUUAAUCAGCCCAUGGAAAUCACUUGGCCGCACACAUGCUUUGGUUGGAGCACAGCAAUCAAUGGAUAUGACACAUUUUUGUACCUCCCGCCUGGGAUUGACGUGCUGGCCACUGAUGUCAGUACUGGGGAGUGGGAGAUGUCCUGGAUAGCAGAUACCUGCACCCACACAUUGGGGUACCAGGUAAGCUCUGACAGUGCCAGUUUGGGCCCAAGAGCUCAGUGGAACUCUGAGGGUACAGACCCCUCCAAGGAAGGACCUUCCCUCCCUUUCUUCAGCCCAGGUCCAGCUCACAACUGUGGUGAGGUGCUUCCCCCUGCUGUAACUCCAGGAGCUCCUGCUCUCGGCCAGUCUCCACCCAGCCAAAACAUUCACCAAGAAUGGCCACACUGGGGUUUCCGUUUGUGCUUCUCAGCUCAGGCUCCUGAGAGGGAGCUAUUACCAGCACAGAGGGUCAGAUUCAGUGUCUGUCCCCAAAAUUUACCUCUCCCCACACCAUCUCUGCUCCGUGUUACUUUAGAGCUUCGGCAAAGUGGGCUGCACACCUGCACAACCUGCUGCAUCUGUGUAGGGGUCACAGACAGAGCCAUUUACAAUCCCAGAGGGAUCAAUCCCAAGGCACUAGAAGACUACAAGCAGGGCCACAGGACCAUAGUUGGCUUCCCAAAAGCAUAUCCCUAUGAUAGCAGCAUCCUGGAAGUGUGCUGCAACAUCUUCAUCCCUGCCACUGUUGAGAAUCAGCUCAGGAGGGAGAACACACCCUGGUGCAAGCAAAGGUACAGACCAGUUGCGCCACACACUCCCGACAGACCCUGCAUGGGCGUGCGAGUGGCAGUAGCGCAGCCAAACCUUAGCUUUAGGAAUUCAGCACCCUAGGGAGGUGCCACAUCAUCGCACUGACAUCUUGCUCGCUGUGCUGGAGGGAUGGAGCAUGAGACAGAGGUGGCGGGUUACACGAUUUAGGGUGAAGUAAAGCCCAAGCCCUUCCCUUUGCUGACACAGAGCAAGGAUUGUUGGAGUGACCUUGGGCAGCUCUUCUGCAUCCUCAGUCUUCAUUGCUGUAUCAGACCUCCCCCCAGAGCAGAGGAGAUGAUGCUCUCAAAGGUACUGGGUGUCAUGGCGUUGGCACUGAAAAUCAUGGGCAGCAGAAAAGAGUGAGCAAAACAAGGGACUGGUACAAAAACCAGCUUACCACCACCACUGUAUUUAGGACUGUCCUACACCAUGGAGCAGUCAGCUGAGGUAUCUGAGGGCUCUUUGCCUCACCUAUCCCUGCUCUGGGGCCCUUGCCUCACUGCAGAGGCUCUGGGCUGUAUUUGAGGGGUGCCCACCCACAGCACCCCAUCACCACUCCUCACAGGCCAGCACAAGGCCUGGAUUCAUCUUCCCGGGACUAGCUUCAUGCAUUUUGGAUAAAGCCUCCUGCUCAGCAGUGUUCCUUGUUGCUGCUGGGUCCCUGUCCCUCUCUCUCUUCCCGUGUUCCCCGUUUCCAGGAUUGGUUAGAUGAGUCGGGGAUGCAGUGUUGGGUGGGGGCUCUUGUGCCUGGUACUUGUACUUUUGGCACUCCCUGCACCCUCCUCGCAGGGACCUCUGCCCCACCUUGUCCCCAGACCCUCCCAGCACACACCGGCCUCACAGUUCUCCUUUCUCUUUGUCUAGAAAAUUACAGUCAUGACGGCAAGGUACAAGAUCUGAACAGAGACCCUGGAGCAGGUGUUCACCACGUACAUGAGGUCAGCUGCACCCACCGACACAGCACCUGCCAGAGCUGCCCUGGUGAGGGUCACAAUCCUGCUGCGUGGGGAGUGCCCAGGACACUUCGUGCUGCGCCCUGCUGUCUAUAAAGGGUUGGUUUGAGCAA